AUGUCCAACAUUUCAAGGGUUAUUUUCGGAUUUUACAUUUCAAUCAUUUGUUUGGCAACCAUCUUCUUUCCCAUACUAAAUAUGGUAAUUGUUGUUUUACUAAUUAGAAAGCUAAUUCUCAAUCAAAAGUUUCCAGUAACCGAUCAGAGAAGAAAAUCAUGUCGUAAAAUGCUCCUACUAACAUUUGGUCAACUCUACAUGGCUCUUCUCAACUUAAUUUCAAUGAGUUUUGGAGGAUUUGCUUUCGCUUACUAUAUUCCACUUUAUCCUAUUUGUUUAUUCAUCCACAAAAUAUCCCUCCUCUUAUUUUGCAUUAUUGUAACAUUUUCAUUUGGUCCUUUGGACUUUGUAUUGAUUGAAUUUAACAGCGCUAGCUCACAAUCUGUGACAAGUGUCGAAAUUAUUCAGAAACGAGAUGACAUUUCUCAAUCUGCGUUGAAUUCAGAUCAGAUUAUUAGAAAGGAAGACUUUAGAGAAUAUGUGAAUAGUGAAACCAAAUCAAACACUAGUGGAAUACCAAUCCUAGUUGACCAAUCAGAAAUUUUCACUGAAAUUCCACUUUGGGACAAAAUUAGCAUAUUUUCCUUAUCAAAACCUCAAGAAUCAGCCAUCUCUCAAUUAUAA